GAGCGGGCGGGAGCUUGGCUGGUCGCAGAGGGCACCCGCUGCUGCAAGAGUUUGCUGAGGGACCCCGAGGCUCGUAAGCAGGGACCCACAGGGCGGGUUAUGCUGCGGGCUCAGAUUGCUGCAGACAACAGGACACUCAGGAGAGCACCAUGGGGGAUUUGCAGGAUGAGUAUGAACAGGUGAUGGGGGAGAACCCGGAGCUGGAGGACUAUGAAGACCCAGGUGUUCUCGAGGAGUACCAGGUGGAGGAACCAGCAGCUGCCUUCACAGAGCCAACAGCUACAGACUACCACACCACAUGGCACCCACACAUCCAUGAGGUCUACGUGGAGCUGCAGGAACUGGUGAUGGACGAGACGAACAGGGAGCCUCAUUGGAUGGAGGCAGCACGCUGGAUGCGAGUGGAGGAAAACCUGGGGGAGGACGGGGCCUGGGGCCGCCCACACCUGUCUUAUCUCACCUUCUGGAGCCUCUUGGAGCUGCAGAGAGCCUUUGCCAAGGGCACCGUCCUCCUGGAUCUGCCGGAGACAUCCCUGCCCGGGGUGGCCAACCAGCUGCUGGACAGGUUUAUCUAUGAUGAGCAGGUCCGGCCUCAGGACCGAGAUGAGCUGCUUCGGGCCCUGCUGCUCAAACACAGCCAUGCAGAAGACCUGAAGGCCCUGGGAAGUUUGAAGCCCAUGGUUCUGACACACUCUGGGGACCCCUUAGAGCCUCUGCUCCCCCAACAGCCCUCACUGGAGACACAGCUCUUCUGUGGGAAGGAAGACAGGGGCACAGAAGAGCAAUUGCCAUCUGGAAUUCUGGAAAAGAUUCCCCCAGACUCAGAGGCCACCCUGGUGCUAGUGGGCUACGCUGCCUUCCUAGAGCGGCCUGUGCUGGGCUUCGUGCGGCUGCAGGAGGCCGCAAUGCUGGAGGAGGCCGUGAAGCUGCCCGUGCCUGUGCGCUUCCUCUUCGUGUUGCUGGGCCCCGAGAAGCCCCGCAUUAACUACACCCAGCUGGGCCGGGCUGCUGCCACCCUCAUGUCAGAGAGGGUGUUCCGCAUAGAUGCGUACCUAGCCCAGAGCCGGGAGGACCUGGUGAGCUCCCUGGAAGACUUGUUGGAUUGCAGCCUGGUGCUGCCCCCCACGGACGCCUCCUCCGAGCAGGCCCUGCUCAGCCUGGUGCCCGUGCAGAAGGAGCUCCUACGGAGGCGCUACCAGCGCAGGACUGCCGAGCCAGACCCAAGCUUCCUCAAGGGCCUAGACCUGAAUGGGGGUCCAGGGGAACCUGAAGACCCUCUGCAGCGGACAGGCCAGUUCUUUGGGGGCCUGGUGAGGGACAUCCGGCGCCGCUACACCCACUACCUGAGUGACAUCACGGACGCUCUCAGUCCCCAGGUCCUGGCUGCUGUCAUUUUCAUCUACUUUGCCGCCCUGUCACCAGCCAUCACCUUUGGUGGCCUCCUGGGAGAAAAGACCAAGAACCUGAUGGGGGUGUCGGAACUGCUCAUCUCCACUGCGGUGCAGGGCAUUAUCUUCACCCUACUGGGGGCUCAGCCUCUGCUUGUGGUUGGCUUCUCAGGACCCCUGCUUGUGUUCGAGGAAGCCUUCUACUCGUUCUGUGAAGAGAACAAGCUGGAGUACAUCGUGGGCCGCGUGUGGAUUGGCUUCUGGCUCAUCCUGCUGGUGGUGCUAGUGGUGGCCUUUGAGGGCAGCUUCCUGGUUCGCUUCAUCUCCCGCUACACCCAGGAGAUCUUCUCCUUCCUCAUCUCCCUCAUCUUCAUCUAUGAGACCUUCUCCAAGCUGAUCAAGAUAUUCCAGGAACACCCAUUGCAGAAGUACUACGAAGCCAAUGUGACGAUGGACCCCAAACCCCUGCGCCCCCUGCCCAAUACAGCCCUCCUCUCGCUCGUGCUUAUGGCUGGCACCUUCUUCUUUGCCAUGAUGCUACGCAAGUUCAAGAACAGCUCCUACUUCCCUGGAAAGCUGCGCAGAGUCAUCGGAGACUUUGGUGUCCCCAUCUCCAUCUUAAUCAUGGUCAUGGUGGAUUUCUUCAUCGAGGACACCUACACCCAGAAACUCAAAGUGCCCAAAGGCCUCAUGGUAUCCAACUCUACGGCCCGGGGCUGGGUCAUUCACCCACUUGGCUUGUAUUCCACAUUUCCCAUCUGGAUGAUGUUCGCCUCUGCCCUGCCUGCCCUGCUGGUCUUCAUCCUCAUCUUCCUUGAGUCUCAGAUCACCACGCUGAUUAUCAGCAAGCCAGAGCGCAAGAUGGUCAAGGGCUCUGGCUUCCACCUGGACCUGCUGCUGGUCAUGGGCAUGGGCGGAGUGGCUGCCCUCUUUGGGAUGCCCUGGCUGAGUGCCACCACCGUGCGUUCUGUCACCCAUGCCAACGCCCUCACUGUCAUGGGCAAGGCCGGAACCCCUGGGGCCGCGGCCCAGAUCCAGGAGGUCAAGGAGCAGCGGAUCAGCGGGCUCUUGGUCUCUGUGCUCGUGGGCCUGUCCAUCUUCAUGGAGCCCAUCCUGUCCCGCAUUCCCCUGGCUGUGCUGUUUGGCAUCUUCCUCUACAUGGGGGUCACAUCCCUCAGUGGCAUCCAGCUCUUCGAUCGUAUCUUGCUCCUGUUUAAGCCACCCAAGUACCACCCAGAUGUGCCCUACGUCAAGCGGGUGAAGACCUGGCGCAUGCACCUGUUCACGGGCAUCCAGAUCUUCUGCCUGGUAGCGCUGUGGGUGGUGAAGUCCACACCUGCCUCACUGGCCCUGCCCUUUGUCCUCAUCCUCACUGUGCCCCUGCGGCGCUUUCUACUGCCACUCAUCUUCUGGAACCUGGAGCUCCAGUGUCUGGAUGCCGAUGAUGCCAAGGUGACCUUUGACGAGCAGGAAGGUCGGGAUGAGUAUGAUGAGGUGCCCAUGCCUGUGUGA